UUUUCCGCCCGCUCCCCCCUCCCCCCCCAAGCGCCGCUCCGGCUGCAUCGCGCUCACACCGAGCUCCGGGCCCCCGCAGCGCUAGCGCCGCCACCGCCGCCUCCCUCCUUCCGCCGCCAUGAUCAUCUACCGGGACCUCAUCAGCCAUGAUGAGAUGUUCUCCGACAUUUACAAGAUCCGGGAGAUCGCGAACGGGCUGUGCCUGGAGGUGGAGGGAAGGAAGGGAGGUUGUGCAAUCCACCUCCUGGCGGAGGAGACGCGGUUUCCUGGCGAAGGCCCCCGCCGAGACCGAAGUUUCCAGGAGGUGUUGGAGAGAGAAGCCCGCUCCCGAGGGGCGCUGCUGCCGCCUCUGGCGCCUGUGGCUCCCUGCAGCCAGGCCGAGUGCGGGAGAGGGGGAAGGGAGAGGCCUGACAAUAUGGGCCUAUCUGGGGAGGGAACCCGAGGACUUCCCCGGCGGAAUCCGCCGCUGUCCCUCCCAUGCCCUAAAUGCGCGCUGCUGGGGCAGAUGUUAUUCAUAAGUCUUUUUUUCCCUUGUAUUCUUCUCUGCCUCUUUUUUCUAACCCAGAUGGUCAGUAGGACAGAGGGUACCAUUGAUGAUUCACUCAUCGGUGGAAAUGCCUCUGCUGAAGGUCCUGAGGGUGAAGGAACAGAUGCCACUGUAAUCACUGGAGUUGACAUAGUAAUAAACCAUCAUCUGCAAGAAACUAGUUUCACAAAAGAAUCCUACAAAAAGUACAUCAAAGACUACAUGAAAUCAAUCAAAGGCAGACUUGAAGAACACAAGCCAGAUAGAGUAAAACCUUUUAUGACGGGAGCUGCAGAACAAAUCAAACAUAUCCUUGCUAAUUUUAAAAACUAUCAGUUCUUCAUAGGUGAAAACAUGAAUCCAGAUGGUAUGGUGGCUCUCUUGGACUUCCGUGAGGAUGGUGUGACCCCAUAUAUGAUUUUCUUUAAGGAUGGUUUAGAAAUGGAGAAAUGUUAACAAAUUCAGCUGAUUACUUUGAACCACCUGUCAUCAUAACUGGCUGCUGCUUUUUGUCAUCUACACAACACCAGGACUUGGACAAACUUGGACUGAUGUCAUCUUGAGCUUUAUUCAUUUAUUUUUGACCUUGAUUUAUUUGGAGUGGAGGCAUUGUUUUUAAAAACAUGUCAUGUAGGUUGUCUAAAAUAAAACGCAUUUAAACCCAUUUGAGAGAAUUCCUCUUGGUCUAAUGUUUUUUAAGCUCAAAUUACAGUAACUUGCUACAGUUGUACCUCAAGGAUCAUUGUAGAGAUCAUUGCCUGGUCUUAGGUUACUUUUCUGCAUAAGACUCUUCAGAUAGACUUUUCUACAGUUGACUGCUUGUGAAACUGGAAUCUAAAUUCUGUUUGCUAGUUAAACCUGAAUCGAAUAAGGGAAGAGAUGCCCACAAAUGUGCCAACAAUAUGAAGUGGACCUUUCUACAUUUUCAUUUCAUCUACAAGCUGAAGUAGAGUUAACUCUGGAAGAGAUUACAUCCAAACUGAAUAAAAUGAAACUGUAAAACUAUUGGAAGCUGAGUACUGACUGAGCUUAUUUAUCAACCAACUCUAAAUCCAGGUUAUUUACCUUGAGUCAGCAGGGAGACAAAUACCCCUGAGAUUCUGGGGAUUGUAGAUAAGGAUACCUAGUUGGCAGAUCAUGUGAUGGGCAACUGAUAAAGGAUUGUCAAUGUUGAAUCUACAUAUUUUAUACUUAAUUACUUUUUCAAAUGGACUUUUAAUGAGGAGGUAGCUUAAUUUAUGGAAAAUAGGUUGAGUAGGUUGUUCAACUUUUUAAUAGUGAAAAGUAGAAGAGGGGAGUGUAUGUAUCUUUUAAAAUGCAUGUUAACCAAGUAGGGAAGAGACAUUUAAGAUAAGAGAAAGCAAUUAGGGAAUUUUGAGAUAAAUUAUCUUUUUUUUUCUUUUAGGUAAAUGGAGGGGAAGGAAGAUUGACAAGCCAUAACUAGCUUUCACAGGAGUGCAGUUAAUGUUUCAAAAAAUAACGAAAACCCCUGUUCUGUAGAUGUCACAUGAGUUGAUCAUUUAUGCAUCUCUUUGACAGACCUGGAGCAGUUAUGUCUGCUUUUAAGGUUUCCACAAAGAUGCAAGAAAAAUUUUCCUCGCGCUUUCUCUCUGCCUGAUUAUGGCAGUCUAGAUUGAAUAGGGGAAAACAAGAGGUGACUGAAAAUUCAUUGCUUCAUCUUUAUGUGAAUAUUUUAGAAUCCUUUUGUAAUUUUUAUUCAUAGGCAUUUUGGAAUGAAAGUUGACAAAAAUGUAUAUCCCAGCCCUGUCAAUUUUCUCUAGACAUUUUGAUUUGGGCAGGUUCUCUAGUUUGGGAUAAUUUAGAAUUUUGAAUAUAUGGGUCCAAUUCUGAAAAUAGGAUUUGUUGCAGGAGUUUUUAUGAAGAUUGAGUACAUAAAUAGGACAAGUCUGAAUUGAUUUCUAAGUGUUAGCUUGUAGUUAAAAGUCUCCAUCCAAUAAUAGAAAUCAAUGAUACCUAGAAAUCCCAGAUUGAUUUUUUUUUUUUUUUAAGAAGCUCAAGUGUUGGAUUCUAUAAAUAAAACUGAGUUUUACGGCUGA